AUGUCAAAAUCAAGCGCUACAGUUUCUUCCCCACAACUUCAAAGAAAACAAACACGAUCAUGUCUUUCAACAACCUUAUUAGUCAUAGCUUUUCCAUUAGCAUUAGCUGCGGUUUUCGACCAACUCGAACCCUUCGAACCAGUUCACUUUCCAUCCAGGGAGUUACCCCGGAGAACCGCAUCGGCUCCGGCUGUCAACCCACCCAUGUUGGUUGGUCCGGAAGUUGUGGUGGAGGGAAAAGUGAAGGGACCUGAAGACCUGGCUUAUGAUAAGAGGAACCGUCUCAUCUACACUGGUUGCGAGGAUGGCUGGAUCAAGCAAAUCACGGUGAACAAAUCGGUGGCUGACUCGGUUGUUAGAAACUGGGUUAACACCGGUGGAAGACCUCUUGGACUCGCUUUGGAGAAAACCGGUGAACUCAUAGUCGCCGACGCCGUUUUGGGGCUAUUGAGAGUGACAGUAAAAGGAAAGAAAUCUAAGGUGGAAGUUCUGGCGAAUGAAUACGACGGAUUGAAAUUCAAUUUAACAGAUGGAGUUGACGUAGGUGAAGAUGGAACAAUUUAUUUCACAGACGCAACGUACAAAUACAAUUUGGAGGAUUUCUAUUUUGAUAUUGUGGAAGGUAAACCUCAUGGGAGAUUCAUGAGCUAUAAUCCAGUGACAAAAGAAGUGAAAUUGCUUGCACGUAAUCUCUACUUUGCUAAUGGAGUUGCUGUUGCACCGGAUCAAAAAUUCGUCGUCUACUGUGAGACUAUUUUGUAUAGGUGCAGAAAACUUUACCUUCAAGGUCCCAAAAAAGGAAGAAUAGGUGAAUUUUGUCCUGAUCUACCCGGCAUGCCAGAUAAUAUUCAUUACGUUGGACAAGGGCAAUAUUUUAUUGGAAUGGCAACGUCGAUAACUCCUAAAUGGUAUCUAUUAUUAAGAUAUCCUAUCCUACAGAAAACAACAACAAUGGUUACAAAGUAUUUUACAAGGCCAGAAUUGGAGAUGAAUGGGGGAGUUAUGGUUGUAGAUUUGGGAGGAAAACUAACAGGUCAUUAUUAUGAUCCUCAAUUAUCACUGAUUUCAAGUGGGAUUAAAGUUGAUAAUUAUAUAUAUUGUGGUUCACUUUCUUAUCCAUUUCUACUACGUCUAGAUGUGGUAAAGUAUCCUACAAUUCCCUCAGCAUGA